AUGAACCACACCAGACCUCUACCCCCUGUAGUCACUACUGUCGCUGAGAAGGUCCAGGUUCAAACGCCGCAGGAACGGUUGGAAACAACUAAGGUGGAUGAGGGCUCCUAUGAGAUACAGGUCAUAAGGCACCGUGGUAGAGUCCCUGCUGAGCGGCUGAGUGAACCAGAGACGAGUCAGCAAGAGAUAGGCUGGCUCAUAGGCGUCAGAGCUCAGCAACUCAAACGAAAGGCUUGUCAGAAGGCCACAGAUAAGGAUGGCAGUGCCCCAGCAGUCGAGUUCGCUCCGACAGCCAACGCCGCUAAAGAUCUGCCCAGAUCCACUGUCCACCAUAUGAAGACGUUGAACCCUUCGAAGUGGAGAUACAGUAAGGGUAAAUGUGAUGUGACUGAGUAUGUUGAUAAGUAA